UCCUUGUACAUGGUUUGAUCGCACCCACGCCACGCUCCAUCCCGUUCUGUCAAACUAACCCCAACGUUGUGAAAAGAACGUUUGGUCGAUUCUACCAAGUCGUACACGCUGGUUUGCUUGCCACAAAGAUCGAGCUAAAAGGCUGAGUUCGUGUUGCUGCGGAUGCUUCAGCGGGUACGUCUUCAAUAUACCCUGGUAUCUCCAACUUUUCCAAUACCCAGCAGUGCAGGUGGAAGAAACGCCUUAUUGACAGGGUUAUUGGUUCGAUCUAUGGUUAUUUCGAAAUCUCUUCAAGGAUAUCAAGCCGUCAUGCUACUGGGGUCAUCAGUUUGGGUCGUGUGCUAGCAAGUAAAAUCAGCCACAAUUUUUCCAAAGAAUUCUUUCAACCAAACCAACACCCAAAAUAAAAAUAAAAAAACGCGUCCAAGGUAUUGGCUAUUUGGGAAGAGAACGCGAGUAAGAAGGAAAGAAACGAGGUUUGAUUCGGAGAUUUGAUUUAACAAAAACGGCGUUCACCUCUCGCAGUCUCAAGAAUCAAUUGCCAAUAACUACAUCAACAUGGCAAGAUUUCUGUAACCUAACCACCGACGAAAAGAACAACCAACCCAUUUGCAACAGGCUGAUCCUAGGAACGGGUUGUAUAUCCACUUUAGUAAAUCACCCUUUCUCCAUUCCCACGUUUCCCCGAGCAAUCCACAUACUAUCCGUUACCAUCUCAUCCAUGCCUUUCUCACUCCCUUUCCGCCCCCUCCUAGUUUCUUACUACCCAUCAAUCCAUCCACAGGUUAAUCUGUGACCCAUUAGGAUUGGUCGCCGCCUGAAGGAAGUGAACUUAUUACUGGAAAGUCCCGAGUUGAAAAAUAUGUAACUUAGCCUAGAACUGUGUAUCGCAACAUCGCCCUAUCGAUAUUGUUAUUUAAAGCCGAGGGCUAAACAUACUACACCGCACAGCCUGAAGGACAGCACAGCAGGACAAGAACACAACAAAUAAUAGCAUUUUACGGUCUUUUCGCCCAUUGAAUCAAAUAGGAACAAAUUUCAUUUCUCUUCAGGAAAUUGAGCAAUUUUGGUGGUUGUUUGGUUUUGCGCUUGCGAUAAUCUUACAACAACAAAAACAUUCACUUACGAGGACGAAAGUAAAGCCACGCAAUAAGUCCCCAGAUUCGAACAUUUAGAACCUUGGAUUUAACUUUGAGACGGACUACGACCUUUUUUAAUACGUUAUAGGAAUUUCCCUCGGCACAGGAGGAAUUUAUCUGAGGCCCCAUUGCUUACUUCGAGACUGAGGCUUUGCUGACAGGACGGCAAGGGAAGGCAAGGCAAGGGAAGGGGAGACAAGACAAGACAACGCGGCAAGGAACUGCAAAGAAAGGGUGCAGCAGACUGGCACCGCAGCGGCAUCGAGAUUGGCCGCUUUGGUACCCAAUUGGAGCGUGUAGAGGAUAAUUUAUUUCACACCAAGUAAACUAAGGAAGAAGGUUGGAAGGAAAGGGAAGAGAAGAGGCAAGACAAGGCUUCCUUGGAUAUACACUCAAAUUUGUAAGAACACCUCCUUUCGAUAUUGAGCUUUGUUCCGGACCUCUCGAGCGGCAUCAUCAUCAAUCAUCGUCAAUCAUCAAUUUGUCUUUCUUGGAAUCUUGCUCUAGAUUUCCACGGUUCACACUUACAGUCCCUACCCAAUCAUAUAUGGUAUUACCAUUCCUCCCUUCUACUUUAUCUACCAUUUCAAGGAAGGUGGUCAUAAUUUUCUACACUAAAUCAUCAGUUCCGUCAACAUUACACAUGCUUGCCCCUAGUCUUCCUUUCAAUCUUUUUACACAUACUUCCAUUCUGCCUUUGGGAACUACCUAGUUUAGUCUUAUCCGACUAUACCUACUAGACUGAAGUCAAUCAUUUCCCGGCACCGGUUUCUUCUCUUUACUUUACACGUAUAUCGCUCAUUUUCGAACAGACGUAGGCGAUCUUUUGAUUCGAGCUAGUUUAAAUACAGCAUACUCAAAAACAGUUGUGUUCUUUUUCAGCUUUAUGACGCACACAUAUGGUGGUUCAUAGGAGGUGUUAGCUCAUUAGUUUUGUCGCAUAGUAGUAAUUUCCGGCGCAUCAAAAGCUUCAAAGCUUCAAAACUUCAAAUUGUCAGUCACAACCACGCGCCCGCAUCCGCUAUAUAUUCUGCCGACGUAAUUACUUAAAAUUUCUCUUACAUGCCUUGUUCCGUGGAUUGCCGAACCAAGACCUUUCGUCAUUUCUACACGACUCACCAGAUCUGUCUUUUAUAAACAGCAGCACUAGGAGAUCGGCUUUCGCAUUCGUACGCGUGUUACCGGGUCGACGUUAGUUUUUGACUUAGGACGUCCGGAACUCAAUAGUCAAACCGGAAGUUUUGUCUCGAUUCCUUUGAUACUGCUCAUAUAUCAACCCAUCCACAUAAAAUCGAAGUAUUUUAAAGCUACCAAGGAAAUUUAAGCAAAUGCGAUAGUCUAUAAUCCACUUUGGCAUUGUCUUCCUCGGGCCGCUGGUUCAACCUAGACACAUCGACCACGCACCAUCUACCAGCGCACCAUCUUAACCAAAGCCUUGGCUUGGUAGCCAUAAUUCUCUAAAAAAAACAAUUCAUCGAUAAAGCCACCAUAUCAAGGUAUAUUUUCUACUGCCUUGAACUACUGAAGCCGGAAUCCAAAUUGGGCCAGUUCAUUUCACAAAGUACACUUUUUUGAAGGCAAAAUAUUGAAACAACCUGAUUCAAAGCCGUAUGUAAGGCUUGUUUCAGUAUAGUAACACUUACUCGGGCUUAGAAGAGUUGGAAUGUGACUUGUGAAGCAGGUCAUUCUUCCUCGAGGAUUAUUGAAAGCAAACCUAAACAGUUCUAAUAGUGGGGCUACAUACAAAACGACGACAACGGGGGGCAUCCAACGCACUUUAAACUUCCUCAAUAGUGAUCAAUUGACCAGUGAAAGCGGCGACUGACCGUUUGCUUUUCGAGUUGUGCUGGCUCCUUCCGAGCAUAGCUUUGCCUUUCACCAAGCGCCAAAUACCAAACACCGAAUACUAACACCGUAGCCCGCACACUACACCAUUAGUUGAGAACAUCACACCAUCAUCAAAUUGAGCUCUGAAUUGCAUCAAGGCGCAACUUGAAAUUUACCAGUGCCAUUAUUUAUCACGCACGAUUAUCUUGUGCCUUUACCACAACUAUAUCAUCGUCGAUCCUCCAACCCUAACUGAGUUGAGUCAUACCUUUUUGUUCACGGAAUUGGGGUUUCAUCGGACUCUGACUCCUGUCCCUCGCAUACCUUACAUUAUAAUAUCAUCAUCAUCAUCAUCAUCAUUUCUACGCUUUAGGAUCAUAUAUCCAUAUCUGCCUGGCGGGAGAACACACAAACACACGUGACACAUCCACCGGUCCUUCCACCUGAAAUCUGAGUAACAGACAUUAGAAAGUACACUGUUCGAACCGGGCCCCCACACCCCUCUUUUUAAAGAAGAAAUCGUCGAAUACCGGGAAAUCCCUAGCUUGCAGGGAGGUCAAAUUUCAGGAUCCCAGUUCAUAAAAGUUCUGGUACAACCGACCUCACAACAAAAGUCCUUGAACGAGUCAAUCAACAUUAGAGGGACAAAACAUACUUAAACGAAUUUUCAUAUCAUCAUUUCUAGUUCCGAGUUCGACCUAUCAAAAUAUUCGCAUCUCUUCAUUAUCCUUUUGGAGCGAUUCUUAGAGAAUUGAGUAUUAUUUGAUAGCUGGGCGAAUUAAGUAGUACAACAUUCUAUCUUUUUUUAUCCACUUGGAAAUACCAUGAAGCACUAAAUUAAUAUCUUUCGAUAUCGGAGGUUAUUUAGCUUAUUUAGCUUAUUUAGAUUAUUUAGAUUAUUUAAAUUGUCGACUAGGUUUUUCCCGAUUGCAAGCUAUUACUAAAGAUAGAGUUUCUAGCCUAGGCGAUCUUAGGUAUCUUUAGGUAUUCCGGGUAGACUAUUACAGGACUGUCGAGCACAUACAUGACUACCAGGUACUUAAAAAAGUAAGUGAGUUUAAGAUGGUCAACCUGACAAUCCGCUCCAUUCAUCACUAACCUUCACAGACUAACUACCUCUUCAACUAUCGGCCACCAGCCACCAGCCAUCAACUAUUAGCUCUUAGCUCUUGGCCAUUAGCCAUUAGUCCUUAUUCAUUAAAGACAAUUCGAAAAUCCAAUACGCUCUACAUCAUAUAAAUAACAAGCAGUCCUCCCCUGCUCUUCCUUUUUGUUCUGAACCACUUUGUUCCCGUUCAACCACACAACCGCUCAAACAGCCAACGAGCCAACUUUCUUUCCCCUUUAAUCAUAAUAAUCUUAAUCGACUUCAAUUCUUUACAACCAAGCAAUCAUUUACAGCUGGGCUGUCGCAUCCCUUAGAUUACAUUUCUUUAAGGGAUAUUACGACAUAGUUCCUUGACAUCUUACUUUAUAUUCAUCAUCAAGAAUUACAUUAACCGUUAUAUAAAAUGAAUAGCCACCCUCCUGGUGAUAGGCCAGGCUAUGAAUACUAUCCGCCUAUACAACCUUCCCCAAGUCGUAUAUCAAAUUAUGCUUCAAGUUCUGCAACUCUCGAGCGCCUACCUUCAUACACAAGCACUGUAAGAUAUAGUUCAUCAACUGGUACAGAAUCCCUUUAUCCUUCGGAUAUGGCUCUUUUGAACAUAACUCCGCCGCAAAAUGCUGCGAAUCAAGGGAUUCACAACAAUGAAUCCACAUCAUCAAACAGCAGAUCUUAUCCUCCCUCGGCCCCUGCACUUCGGGAUAAUUCGGCAUCGCACCCUUCAUCAAAUAAUGGAUCGCAAUAUCAGGAUCAUAUCCGCCAAGACGCUGCAGAUAACCGAGUCUUGCAUCGUACAAGCCACGAGCCGCAGCAUCCUGCCGACAAUCGCAUGGAGCCAUCUAACCCAUACCAUCAAACGCGUUACCAUACCUCGCCAACUUUGGAGUAUCACCCGCAAAGUAGUUGGAGCCAAGAAACCCACCCAUCCAGCGGCUACCAAGAACUCUAUCAAACUCGGUCAACCAAUGGACCGCAGUAUUCCGAACAAUCAAUGGCUACCUCUCAAGAUCCCAGAUACCCCACAACUGCUUACGAUGCGCUUCCGUCCUUUGCUUAUCAUGAUGGGAGAGGUUAUACGCAAGAUCCAGGCCCUUCUGCACAGCCAAUGGCUUUUAAACAGAGCGCUCCUAGACAAAGGACCGCAAUUGCAUGCCAAUAUUGCAGGAGACGCAAGGUGAGUUUGAUUCAUUCAUAUUCUCUCUAAAAAAUUGUUUGAUUCGAAAAUCAUAUUUCAUAAGGAGACCAAUCGACAGUGCUAAUAUCAUAAGCAGAUUCGUUGCACGGGUUUCAAUGCGGACGGCUCCUCAGGGAAAUGCAGUAAUUGUACGCGCUUCAAACAGGAGUGCAUUUUUACUCCUGUAUCUUCAGCGCAGGCAUUUGUACCACUUCAGGCCCUUUACGCAGCAAAAGGUGGAGCUGUCGGUCCGGAUCAACAGGUUUAUGGUGCUCAUGGUCAACCCAUGCCAAAGGAAUUUUUGGAGCAAUCCCCCCCUACAUCGCAUGGGAUGUUUGCCCCACCACAAUCAAUGUUCAACCCGUCCAUACCAGAGUUUCGUCGACGGAUGUCCCGAUCACAUCAUCCGGUUAAUUUGCCUCCUUUAAACAUAUCGCCACGUAACCGGGAUGCUACUACCUUGCCCUCCCCCACAGACUCAUUGGGUUCUCAAAAACGUAAGCGCGAAGCAGAUGAGCAACAUUAUGCCAGAUCACCACCAUCUUUUCCAGAUCAAUACACCGAAAACCAGCGAGGAGUAAACAUCCCAUCACUCUCGACUGCCCUUCAAGGUGGACAACGCCGUUCCUCAUUCUCGUCACCAGCCCCCAGCCAACAUUUUGGAUAUCAGCAAAGAGAAAACCCCUUGGUAUACCGUUUCGCGGAAGAGAGCCGACAAUUGGCCUCUUUAAACCCAUACGAAGUCCCACGAAAGUCCUCUUCUUCAAAUGGGUCAGCGUCAUCGUUUCAAUCCCAGCUACCAUAUAGUUAUUAUCCAUCCAUGCAAUUAUCCCCUCGCCGAUCCGAGCCCUUUCAGUUGCCUCAAGAGCCUCCUCUUCGAAGAAGCCUUAGUCCUAGAUUCUCGCAUCCAAUGGCAAUAUCAAGUGUCUUAGCACCAGACAAUGAAGCUCUUGAACGGAAAAGAAACAUUGACCGUAUGAUGGUAGAAAGGCUGCGAUAUUCAGGGCUACACAAGUGACCUUGAAAAUUCACAUGUGAAUUUCGAGAUGGAUUCUGGUAGAGGCAAUUUUUCCUUAUCUAUUUCAGCUUUUCUGUAAAUUGGCUUUUCAACAUGCCAAUUGUAAUUCAGGAACUGACUGACGAAUCCAUGUUGUACAUCUGAUUCGAGCUUCUGCCAAAAUUGUGGCUUUCUACACUUCUCUGUUUUCUUUUUAAAUUCACUUCGAUUUCUACUUUUUUCCCUCUAUACUUCUAAACAACGACAAAUUAAGCUCCCAGGAUUGGACACAAUACGAACAACAAAGGCUCUUGCAGUCUAUAUACGAAAUUAAGAAUUGCAUGAACAAAAACCUCAUAUUAGUGGGGACAUUUAUCUAAAGGCUGGCUGGUCGGGGAUUGGAGUUGUUUGUAUGUUUCAAAAAAUCUCUUUAGAAAGGGAUAGGCUUGCCUCGCGGCACUGGCAUUGCUAUUUAAGGUGUUUGUUUAUUCGAUUGUGUUGGAAUCAUCGGGAAAAUGGGCCUUGGAUAGGACCCUUUUGGCUUGAUCUGAUCUCCUUCAGUUAGUUAUUUCCUUACUUCCAUACAGUGUAUUCAAUAGUCUAGACUAGAAUUCUGUAAUGACAAUGUUUCAUAU